UUACCCCUAACAUUCUUCUUCGUCGUCUCUAAGCUCUUGAAGUCUUGGUCCGUUGUUGAAUUUUCAAGCUUCUUUCUUCUAUUUCUGAACUGAAUUUUCCUCUUCGGAAACUUUAAAUUUGAAACGAAAGGAGAAGGAAGAUGACGACUAUGGAGAGCCUAGUUGGAUUGGUUAACAGGAUACAGAGAGCAUGCACCGUGCUCGGUGACUACGGUGGUGGAACAGGUGACAACGCAUUCAAUUCUCUCUGGGAAGCUCUUCCCACCGUCGCCGUCGUCGGUGGUCAGAGUUCUGGAAAAUCGUCGGUUCUUGAGAGCAUAGUUGGGAGAGACUUUCUUCCUCGAGGAUCCGGUAUCGUUACGAGGCGUCCUUUGGUGUUGCAGCUGCAUAAGACGGAGGAAGGAACAGAGGAGUAUGCAGAGUUCCUCCAUCUUCCCAAGAGGCAGUUCACAGACUUCGCUUUGGUUCGGAAGGAGAUUCAAGAUGAGACUGAUAGAAUCACAGGGAAGAGCAAACAGAUUUCUCCAGUUCCUAUUCACCUCAGUAUCUUCUCUCCUAAUGUUGUGAAUCUGACACUCGUUGAUCUACCCGGUUUAACUAAAGUGGCUGUUGGUAUGAACUUCUUUACCUCUUUUUAUUUAAUGGAUUUUAUGAAGGUUAUUUAUACUAUCUUUUAUUUUCCAGAGGGACAACCAGAAACCAUUGUGGAGGAUAUUGAAUCUAUGGUUCGGACAUACGUUGAUAAGCCAAAUUGUAUCAUAUUAGCUAUAUCUCCUGCUAACCAGGACAUAGCUACUUCUGAUGCAAUCAAACUUGCAAAAGAAGUUGAUCCAACAGGGGAGAGAACAUUUGGUGUUCUUACCAAGUUAGACCUUAUGGACAAAGGAACUAAUGCAUUAGAUGUACUUGAGGGAAGAUCAUACAGGCUGCAACAUCCUUGGGUUGGGAUAGUGAACCGUUCACAAGCAGACAUUAAUAGAAACGCUGACAUGAUGCUUGCAAGAAGAAAAGAGCGUGAUUAUUUUGACACCAGUCCUGACUAUGGUCACUUAGCCAGCAAAAUGGGUUCUGAAUAUCUAGCAAAGCUGCUCUCUAAGCACUUGGAGUCUGUUAUCAGGUCACGUAUACCAAGUAUCUUAACCUUAAUAAACAAAAGCAUCGACGAACUUGAAAGAGAGUUAGACAAAAUGGGUAGGCCUGUUGCUGUUGAUGCUGGGGCUCAACUCUACACUAUACUGGAGAUGUGCCGUGCAUUCGAUAAAGUAUUCAAGGAACAUCUUGAUGGAGGGCGUCCUGGAGGUGACCGUAUCUAUGGAGUCUUUGACAACCAACUACCAGCUGCUCUUAAGAAGCUUCCUUUCGAUCGCCAUCUUUCUCUACAAAGUGUGAAGAGAAUAGUCUCUGAAGCAGAUGGUUAUCAGCCUCACUUGAUUGCGCCAGAACAGGGCUAUCGCCGUCUUAUUGAAGGGGCGCUUGGUUACUUUAGAGGUCCAGCUGAAGCUUCUGUUGAUGCUGUACACUUUGUCUUGAAAGAGCUUGUGAGGAAGUCAAUUGCAGAAACUCAGGAGCUAAAGCGUUUCCCUUCACUGCAAGUGGAGCUAGCUGCAGCAGCCAACUCCUCCUUGGAGAAGUUCAGGGAAGAAAGCAAGAAGUCAGUUAUUCGACUUGUUGAGAUGGAGUCUGCGUAUCUAACAGCCGAGUUCUUCCGGAAACUUCCUCAAGAGAUGGAAAGACCAGCGAUCACCAACAGCAAGAACCAAACCGCUGCUUCUCCUUCUCCCGCAACACAAGACCAGUACGGAGAGGGACAUUUCAGAAGGAUAGCAUCGAAUGUAUCCGCUUAUGUCAGCAUGGUUUCGGACACACUUCGCAACACCAUUCCAAAGGCUUGUGUUUACUGCCAGGUUAGACAAGCCAAGCUCGCGUUGCUUAAUUACUUCUACAGUCAGAUCAGCAAGAGAGAGUCACAGGGGAAACAGUUGGGAGAGUUACUAGAUGAAGAUCCGGCAUUGAUGGGUAGGAGACUAGAGUGUGCGCAGAGGCUUGAGUUAUAUAAGAAAGCGAGAGAUGAGAUUGAUGCAGUUGCUUGGGUUCGAUGAAUAAAUCCCAAAGUGUGUGUCUCUGGUGGUGGUUUUUGUGAUUAGAAACCUAUGACUUCGUGUGUUGGUUGGACCUUUAAUAUGUUCGUUGGCUGUGUAUUAUUCAUCAAUUAGACCAUGUUGGGACGAUGUUUGUAAUAAAAAAAAAAAAUUCAUUCCUA